ACAUACCCAGGGGCGUAUUUACCACAAGGCAAACAAGGCAUUUGCCUAGGGCGGCAUUUUUCAGGGGGAGCAGCACUGCCCCCUGGAAGAAGAGAAGGAAGAAGGGACACGCGAGGCAUGGGGACCAGGUGGGAUCCGAGAGAGACUGCAGGCUGCAUGAUGGUGUAUGCAGAGCCUGACUCUUGUUCCCGGGGAUGGCUGGAGCUGUGAAAGUGAGUGUUUUUCUCUCUCUUGUGGGGGCGGCUGGUGUAUGGAGGGAGCGAUGGUAGUGAAAGUCUCUCUCUCUGCGGGGGG